AUGCUGCAGGUUUCUGCCCCCGCGGCCAGAAAGCAGCCCCCGGCCGCCUGCCCCUGCAAAACCCACCCCGCACCGCCCGGCUGCCGCAGGACUUUCACCCGGGGCUGGCUGCCCGCCGGCGGGCGCCGGCAGGAGGUGACACGGGGCAAGGGCAGCCCUCGGCCCAGCCAGCCGCUUCUCCCCCCGCCCAGCCGGGGCAGCUGCCGGGGCUGCCGGGACGCGGCCGGGCCGGGCGGGGGGACCCCGGCCCAGCCUGCGGCAAAGGCCCAGCCCCAACCCCGCGGGCCCCUCCCCUCACCCACACGGCUCCCCCCCUCCCGCAGAGACCCCGACCCACCCCGAGGGAGCGCGCAGAGACGAGACGAGAGCCCCCCGCGCCUCCCCGCCCGCCCGGCCGCGGCGGCAGCCCAGCUCUACCUCAGUCUCCCCGCACCGGGCGGCGCUUUUACGACACUUUCGCGACAGCCGGAAAGGAGGGGGCGGGGCGGGGCGGGGCCGGGCGGGGCGGGGCGGCGCGGGGACGGCGCGAGCGCGGCCGAGCGACCCCCUGGGGUCCCCUCGGUGUCCUCCCGGCUUGACCCUCAGCCUGCCCUGGGAGCCCCCAGGGACCCUCCCGGGGUCACCCCGCACUGGCGAAUCCUCCGUCCCGCCGGGCGCCGCUCCCCGCGGUCAGCCCUGCGCCCCCUCGCCGCCCCCUGA